CAAAAUCUAUCGCCAUUACAACACAAUCACAUACUUUCAUUCAUACACACUUAGAAACCAAAAAAAAAAAGAUGAGUUCGUUUGGUGUGAAGGUGGCAUCACUAGUGUGGUGUGCAGUGGUGUUAGUAGUGAUUGUUGGAGAGUUACCAAUGUCGACAGAUGCACAAGCAUCAGGGCUAGAUCCGUCGUUUUACAAGAACAGCUGUCCGAAUGUUCAUUCCAUUGUUCGUGAAGUCAUAAGGAAUGUUUCCAAAACAGAUCCUCGCAUGCUUGGUAGCCUCAUUAGGCUUCACUUCCAUGACUGCUUUGUUCAAGGAUGUGAUGCAUCAAUUUUGUUGAACGACACAAAAACCAUAACGAGUGAGCAAAGUGCACCUCCCAAUAGCAAUUCAAUUAGGGGCUUGGAUGUUGUGAACAAGAUCAAAACAGAGGUGGAAAAAGCUUGUCCUGGAGUAGUUUCAUGUGCUGAUAUUCUUGCUCUUGCAGCUGAAAUCUCAUCUGUUUUGGGUCAGGGUCCUGAUUGGAAAGUUCCAUUAGGGAGAAGGGAUAGCACAACAGCAAAUAAAACCCUUGCUGGUUUGAACCUUCCAGGUCCUUCAUUCGACCUCACAACACUUAUAUCAUUCUUCAAGAGACAAGACCUCAAUGUUACUGACCUAGUUGCACUUUCAGGUGCUCAUACAAUUGGAAGAGCUCGGUGUCAAUUUAUAACUGAUCGAUUGUACAACUUUAGCAACAGUGCAAAACCUGAUCCAAAUCUAAACACAACUUACUUACAACAAUUGAGAUCAAUAUGCCCUAAAAAUGGACCCGGAAAUACCCUCACAAAUUUGGAUUCAAGCACACCUGACAAAUUCGACAAGAACUACUACUCCAAUCUGCAGGUCCGCAAGGGAUUGCUCCAGAGUGAUCAAGAAUUGUUCUCCACGCCCGGUGCCGAAACCGUUAGCAUUGUGAACAAGUUCAGUAGUGACGAGAAUGCUUUCUUUGAGGCCUUCAAGGCUUCUAUGAUCAAGAUGGGUAACAUUGGUGUCAUAACCGGUAACAAAGGCGAAAUUCGAAAGCAAUGUAACUUUGUUAACACACAAUCUAUUGAGUUGGGUCUGGGUCGCUACAAUUCAGAAGAUAGUAUGGUUAGUUCAUCUUAGAUUUAGUGAGUUAUUAGGGUCCAAGAAUAAAGAAUCUUUAUGUGCACAUUUUAUGCUAUGUGCCAGAGGCUAAUUACCUACUAUAGCUUUGUGACGAGUGUGUGUGACUUUUUUUGUUAUGUGAGUUUGUUUGCUCCUUGUAAUAGUAUUUUGAGUUGCGUUAUGUAAUAAUGUUCGGAGUCAAUUUCACCAGUUAGUUUCAAAAGACUUAAUUAAUUAUACAUGUUCUGUUUAA